AUGUAUCCAUCAUCGCGCCAGGCGUACGCGCCGACACCUCACAGCUAUAUCCCAAACACGACGCUGUCUGCAACUAUAAACCUUGAUGAGGAGGUCAAGCUUGCAGAGACGAGAGCGGAGCGGGACCUCCAGGACUCUCUGGCCGAAGUCUUCAGUAUUAUUAUCACGCUCGAUGAGCUGGAGAAGGCUUACCUCAAAGAUGCGAUUGCCGAGGGGGAUUACACGGAGAUAUGCGAUCGCUUGUUGAAGCAGUACAAGCAGAUCCUGGCGGACGAGGCUGUUGCGAGGGAGUUUGGGGACUUGGAAUCUUUCAAGAGUGCUUGGGAUAUGGAAGUACCGCGAGCAACUGAGCGAAUCCGAAUUGGCCUCCCCAGCACAGUUACUGCGCCGUCCAUAAAUACCACUACAGGCGGGAACGGGGGCUUUAAUGGUACUUUGAUCCUGGAAGCUACGCAGGACUUUAUUACAUUUCUGGAUGCGCUCAAAUUGGGACUGCUUGCGAAGGACCAGCUUCAUCCGCUUCUCUCGGAUGUUAUACAGAGUGCAAAUAAGGUUACGGACCAGGACUUUGAAGGGAGGAGCAAGAUUGUGCAGUGGUUGAUCACACUGAAUCAGAUGAAGGCUACGGAGGAGGUUAGUGAGGACCAGGCAAGGGAGCUGGAGCUGGAUAUGAAUAGUGCAUAUCAGGGUUUCAAGGCAACAUUGCAGUGA